AUAACCACGCCUAUCUUCUAGUUGCCUAGCAACUGAGAAAAAAAGAUAAAAGAGAGAAAAACAGAGAGAAUUAUAAUGCCUGGAAAAUCUGUAGGGAGUGCUAGUAAAGCACACAGCAAUAAGAAAGAAGUUGAGCCUGAGCCUGGAGUGAAGAAGAUCCUGAUAUGGCCUGAGUGGACAGAAAGUGAAAUAGCAGCUGAGAAAUUUGAUCCUGGCGGUAAAGGGAAAGAUAAGUCAAAAGCUGCAGCUGCCUCUUCAUUUGCUCUGUAUGAAGAUCCUGAUGGACAACCCCACCUCCCUCCAUCUCUCUCUGGGAAACUCACCGGAUGGAAAAGACCGAGUGAAUACUACCAACAGACACCUCCUGUUGUUGUUUCUGAUAAUCAGCAAAACAUUGAUUUAGUGUCUUGCAAUGAGCACUUACUGACAAGCAAACUCAUGUGCAAUAUAAUAUCCGAGUUAAAUUCAUUGAUAUACUUGAAGUCAUCGCUCCCAUCACUGGCACAAGAGCAGCCUGAUGCUUUGCCUCUUCCAUGGCAGCCAUGGCAUCACAUUUGUCCAUGGCCUAAAGGGACGCCCACUCCAAUGUAUAACUCACUAGGGAAAUACUGCAUUAAACUAUAUUGGAUGGGCUUAUGGCGUAAAGUAACAGUUGACGAUUGCAUGCCCGUUGAUGCUAAUGACUCAUUAUUGUUACCAGUAACGUCAGUCCCUGGCGAACUCUGGCCUCUACUAAUCACCAAAGCAUUAUUGAAAGUCAUCAACUUAGAGUGUAUUGAUACUGAGUGUCCUGAUGAGUGCAGUGUAGUUGAAUUGUUAACUGGUUGGGUAUGUGAAUCAUCUCCAAUAGAGAGUAUGGAUGAUAUGUGGUCACUGAUAACUGGGUCAUUGAAAUUACCGAAAUGGGAGAGACCAACUGAAAAUGAAACCAAAAAUGAAGAGGAAGGAGGAGGAGAAACCACUACAACUACUACCAUUGACAAUAGAGAUUCUAUUUUGCUGGUUAAUUUUACCACUACUUCAGCCGAGAUAUUAAAGAGGUGUGGUUUGUCUUUUAUCGAUCCAACCCACCCAAUAUUAAUGACACAAUGGAGAAAUGAGCCGUUAGAACUGCCACCAAAAGAACCACCACUUCCCUCACUAAAAGCUCCUUAUUAUCUUGGUUUGAAGAACAGGCUGCAUGAGCCAUGGCUUCCAUCUCCUCCUCCAAUUAAGACCGACCACAGAUCAUUUGAAGUGUACUCUCCAUUCGUCGAUGUGUCCUCAUCAUCAAUUGGUCUGAUGUGGAUUGAUCUUGAUGACUAUGUAUCUAUUUUUAAAGAAUUGAGAUUAUUUAGGAAGCAAGAGUCAUUUGAUCACAGUCAUUCAUCUAGUGAACUAUCAUUGACAACGGCCAAUUCUGUUGUACCUCCUCCAACUGCUGGUAGUGUUAAGAAGGGAGUAUCAAACACUCAAAUAGCUAAAGUUCCUGUUUUUGAUAUUAUUUUUGUUGACAGUUGUCAGCCAAUUAAUUUAUUGAUAAGUUUUUCGUCGAUCAAUUGCUGGUACGAAGGAGGCAAUCUCAUUGGAACCAUACCACUCCAAACACUAGGAUUUAAGCCUCCUUUAGCUCCACAGCCAGCAGAAGAGACCAAUAAACAGCAGCAGCAGUCACAGAUUCCCCCUGAGGAGGUAGUCCUUGGCUCAAUACAGAUAGAGAAGUAUAAUUGGAGGGAGUUUUGUGGAGGCUGUACAGAGUCUUUGAUAAAGAUGAGAGUCAAGUCAACUCAAGCUAAAUCACUUUCUCUUCCAAGAGGGAGACAUACACUAAAGCUGCACAUGACUGGUACAUAUGGAUACCACAUUGCCGUAUAUUCAAACACCAAAUUUACCCUCACAGACGAAGAUGGAGUAUUACCAUUGUUAUCUACUCCAAGUGAGAGACUAAUACAUCAUUCCAAUCUAGUAUUUGAGAGUUUGCUGAAGGGAGCUUCUCUGAAUGAUGAACCCGAUCAAUAUCAAGAAUUUCUUUCAUCACUGACUUCAACUCAUGUGUCUCGUGGUGUUCAGAAGAAUUACGCUCAUGCUUUCAGAGCUGCUUUACUCCAUACCUUCCACCUACUAGGACCACAGUGUGGCUUGACCAAUGACCACAGGUUUGCAUGGAAGUCUUUCAUUAACCAGUUGAUGGUACACCUAGCUGAGGGAUUCCUACCUGAUGAUGAUGACUGUCCUCCAAUGAGACUUGAGGAAAUGAGGAAACUGAAAUUUGCAGAGAGACCAACACUCACUGAAGAAGAGCUACUACAGAUAACAAAUGAUAUCACAAUGACAGAGGAGGAAACUCUUGAAAUAUUGGAGUCAUCAAGCUCCAAUCAAAGCAAGAGACAACAGUUAAUGAAAGGAAUGCAGAAACUGAGUGCAAUCAGUGUGGAUGAUGAAGGAAAAACAGGAGGAGAAGAGAAGGAGAAAGAGAAGGAUGUCAAAACUCCUGAAUUAGCUCUAAGUACAUCAAAACGCUCCUCACAUGACACUCCUGUAAUGUCUAAGAAAUCAUCAACCGAUACAUUGCCGUCACGUCGCUCAUCAGGUAAAAUGACUGGAAGUAAAUCAAAGGAGAAAGUCGAGAGACAGAGUCUAAUCCAGAGCAGUAUACCAUUACUCCAGUCACAGUCCAGCGCCAUGAGUAUGGCCAUAUUCAACUGUCUCUUUGCUAUACGUCCUGACCUACUGGAUACCUUUCAUUUUGGAGGGGAUGAGACCAGCAGAGCUUACUUUAAGAAUUUGUCUAUAGGACCACCUGUACCCUCACUGGAGCCUAACAAAUGGGCAGUUUUAUUUAGGAGUGUGUUCAGUGUGACUGAUAAGCAGGUAUUAUCAUUCAGACUCCACGGAUCGUUGAAGAAAUACAUCAUUAAAAUCAUCAACAAUGAUACUAUGAUUGAAACUAAAUGCGGUCUACCUUACCCAGUGUCAUGCACUGUGGAGCCUAACCAAUUGGGCUAUACGUUGCUGUGUGAGAUAUGGUCAUUGAAAGAACCGGUUGAUGUUUCCGAUAAAGUGCAUCUAACGAUAAUAUCUUCGUCUAAUUACUUACCAACAUUCACCAACGAGCCUUCAGAGGAGAAACUCAGCACUGAUUUCCAUACUACAGUAAUACGUAAUUACUAUCUCCCUGAUAGAUACUACACUAUGCUUAGAUACAAUGUGAAGGUGACUGGUAUGUGUCAUGUUACCAUUCAACUUGAUACAUCAAAACCAGAUGUGAUGUUUAAGCUAGAGGUCCUUGAUAAAGGUGGAGUAGUUAUUAGUCGCGAAGGAUGUGGUCACUGUGUGAUACCAUCAGUAACAUUACUGCCAUCAAAAGAAGCGAAAGAUGAAGAACCAGAAGAAAUUCAUCACUACACCAUACAUGUGUCAGUACUGCAGGAUUCAUGGCCAGUGUCUGAGAGCUCGUGGCAGUACAUAUCAAUGAUUAGGAACAAUGAGAAAGAAGACAAGCCGUCCUCGGCUAAGAAAACAAAGGGAAGGGAGAAAGGUUCAAAGACGCCAAAGACAACUGGAGGAGGAGAUGGAGGAGGAAAAGGAGGAGCCAACACAUCCCAAAGUGAUAAUGUUGACGUAACUAAACCACACUGGACACUGCGAGUAGUCACUGACUCAGAUAAUAGCAGUAUGAUUAAAGUGACAAAGGAUACCGAGAAAGAGGACACACAAAACAGCAUGAUAAAGGCAUGGGACACUGAGCAACCAGGCAGAAGCCAAAAAGCUCAGAAGUCGAGACAAAAGUUCCUUGAAACACAUGCUCUACAGAAAGAAGACACCACUCAAGAGGGAGAUGCAGCAAGUGACACUGCAGUGAGUGUCUGUACCACUGCCACUGGGACUGAGUCCAUUCCUUCAUUUGCUCCUGUUGCUCUCAAGACUUUAGACACUUCACCUUAUGUUGAGAGUACAUUAGGGUCUCCAUUGUUUGCUGAUAAAGAGUAUGAAGAUGAACAGGAGAGGAUGCAGAAAGAGACAAUAGAGAAGUAUCGGGAAUGGAGACAAAGUGUUCUCGAAGCGAGAGAAGCUGAUCAACUCAAGAGAGACAAUCUAAAGAAAGCACAACUUAGAAAAGCAAUAAAAAUACAAAUGGCCCUUAACUCAACAAGAGAGAGACUGAAUGCUCCGAGAGAGGAACUACGCAAUAAGUUCCUCUUACUGGAGCAGCAGAAGCAGGAGGCACUAGCUGCAGAGAAGGCAAGGGAAGAGGCCAUUGUUUCAGCCAGUAAAGAUUCAAAGAGGAAAUCACCAAAAGGGAAAAAGAAAUAAAACAGAAAAUAUAAAAAAACCACAGAGCAGAUAAUAAUGUGUAGUAUGCUGUGAUAAUAAACAAUAAGGAAAAAGCAAAACAGAAACAGAAAAAGGAUUACCACACAA